GCGUGGCCCGAAGCGGGGGCCGCCCCGGUCGGGCGGGGAGGCGGGGAGGUGGCCACUGGCUCCGCCCCGCUCCCCUCUGACCCGGUGUCUAGUCUCUCCGUCUUCCUGUUCCAAACCACGUGGACGCGUCUGGGCUGCUGGAGGCAGCCUGAGCCGCCGCCGUCGGUGUCGCCGCCACCACCAGCAUCGGAGUCACGAGUCCCGCGUUUGUCCGAAGUCGCCGCUCUCGGGCUGCUCACGUCUCUUCGGAGAGCGCGCACAUGGCGACUCAGGCGCACUCCCUCAGCUACGCAGGGUGCAACUUCUUGCGCCAACGUCUGGUCCUGUCUACCCUGAGCGGGCGCCCCGUCAAAAUCCGAAAGAUUCGGGCCAGAGACGACAACCCGGGCCUCCGAGAUUUUGAAGCCAGCUUCAUAAGGCUAUUGGACAAAAUAACGAAUGGUUCUCGAAUUGAAAUAAACCAAACAGGAACAACCUUAUAUUAUCAGCCUGGCCUCCUGUGUGGUGGAUCUGUGGAACAUGACUGUAGCGUCCUUCGUGGCAUUGGGUAUUACCUGGAGAGUCUUCUUUGCUUGGCUCCAUUUAUGAAGCACCCGUUAAAAAUAGUUCUACGAGGAGUGACCAAUGAUCAGGUUGACCCUUCAGUUGAUGUUCUUAAGGCAACAGCACUCCCUUUGUUGAAACAAUUUGGGAUUGAUGGUGAAUCAUUUGAACUGAAGAUUGUGCGACGGGGAAUGCCUCCUGGAGGAGGAGGCGAAGUGGUUUUCUCAUGUCCUGUGAGGAAGGUCUUGAAGCCCAUUCAACUCACAGAUCCAGGAAAAAUCAAACGUAUUAGAGGAAUGGCGUACUCUGUACGUGUGUCACCUCAGAUGGCGAACCGGAUUGUGGAUUCUGCAAGGAGCAUCCUCAACAAGUUCAUACCUGAUAUCUAUAUUUACACAGAUCACAUGAAAGGAGUCAACUCUGGGAAGUCUCCGGGCUUUGGGUUGUCACUGGUUGCUGAGACCACCAGUGGCACCUUCCUCAGUGCUGAACUGGCCUCCAACCCCCAGGGCCAGGGAGCAGCAGUACUUCCAGAGGACCUUGGCAGGAACUGUGCCCGGCUGCUGCUGGAGGAAAUCUACAGGGGUGGAUGCGUAGACUCGACCAACCAAAGCCUGGUGCUACUACUCAUGACCCUUGGACAGCAGGAUGUUUCCAAAGUCCUGCUAGGCCCUCUCUCUCCCUACACGAUAGAAUUUUUGCGGCAUUUGAAGAGCUUUUUCCAGAUUAUGUUUAAAAUUGAAACCAAGCCAUGUGGUGAAGAACUCAAGGGUGGAGAUAAAGUGCUGAUGACCUGUGUUGGCAUUGGCUUCUCCAACCUUAGCAAGACCCUGAAGUGAUAACCAUCACAAGAUAAGGCCCCAGUGCCUACAGACAAAGCAGAAGCUGCCACGGACACCAAUGGGACCAAGUCCAAAUGGAUUAAUCCAGGACAGAAUAGCCACUUGCUUAAUUUUCUGUGAAGAAAUAUCAAUAUACAAAUAAAAGACAUCCCUGUAGCAUGUGGUUUCCAGCUGUUUCUCCAGUGGCAUUGCCAUUGCCCAGGAGGGGCCCAGUCACCAUGAGAGCUCCCUUGCCUUACCUGGAGGAAGAAUGUUCCUUCAGGCCACAGUCGUGCUGCUAGAAUAGUCUCAUAGCUGCAGUUCAGCUGUGCUUCCUCAGCCUACUAUCAUAGGCUUCCUUGGCCCUCUGUCAUAUGGCUGUUUUCCAAAUCUGUGGAGUCUGUUACUGUUCUUUCUGCAAGGACUCACCUCCUUGAGCCUUGGUUUUUGUUGUAGGGAUUAAAUGAGAUAAUAUGAGUGGCAGCUCUUCAUGAGUCCUGCAGUGCUAAGCAAAUGUCAGAAAUUGGUAUAUUAGACUAUUUAUCUUUUGUCUUCUGAAUGGAUUGCUGUCAUGGACACAGACACUGAUCUUCAUCUGGUUCAUUGUAUUUAUAUGUGACGGAUGGGUGGCUGCAGGGGUCCAAGUAAGUUAUUGGGAUUUUUUUUAUAUUCCAGGUGUGCUAUACAUUCUUAUUUUAUUUUCACAACAGCUCUGUGAUGUAAAUGCUAUCUCCAUGAGAAAAUUCAUAAAGGGUGUUUUGUUCCUUUGAAAUGUAUAAUGUAAAGACAUUAAAUCUCCUCAUUUAAGGA